AUGUCGACUGCAGGAAGUUUGUUUACUCGAAUUCUACCACUCCUUCGACAUCCAGCUACUUCACGGGGUCUUGCAAUGUCUGCAAUUCGACCACCAACAAUCCUCCCGCCUGAUAUCCCAAUAGAGGAGGAGAAGAUCCCUGGCUACGAUGCAAAGCGGUUUUUAUCAGUGAACCCAGGGGAUCUACUCCACAAUAGAUAUAAGAUAGUAGCGAAAGUUGGAUGGGGAACUACAUCCACUGUCUGGAUAGCUCAAGACACUCAACGGUGGUGGUGGAACCACAACCGUUACGUGACUGUGAAGGUUACCGCAUCAGACUGCAUCGACAAUGAAGCAGCGAAACAUGAGCGGAUUAUCACUCGCCAUCUCAACAAGAAUCCAUCACACAGUGGCUUCUCAUUUGUGAGGACAAUGCUUGACAGUUUCAAAGUCCUGGGUCAAGAGGGACCUCACUUGUGCCUGGUAUAUGAGCCUAUGAGAGAGCCCUUAUGGCUAUUCCAGCGGCGCUGGGAGAACGGCAAAUUACCACCUGCGCUUGUGAAGGUAUACACUAGGUUUCUCCUCCAGGGACUCGAUUAUCUUCAUUCAGAGUGUCACAUCAUCCACACAGAUCUCAAACCGGACAACAUCCUACUGGGGUUCGAGGAUCCGUCUGUGUUAAAAGAUUUCGUCCACAAACAAGCUGAAAAUCCUAUGCCUCGGAAGAUCAAAGAUGGAAGGUCAACCUACCUCUCACACAAUGAUUUCGGACCACCUAAAUCGUUCCGUAUCCUGCCCAAGAUAGGGGACUUUGGCUUGGCACAAUCCGGAGAUGGGCCUGAGCCUCUAUUGCACCCUAUUCAGGCGCCUCUCUACCAUGCUCCAGAAGUCCUCUUAGGCACGAGCUGGACGUACAGCGCGGAUAUCUGGAACCUCGGAGUAUUGAUCUGGAAUAUGCUGGAGGGAAGGGACUUAUUUACAUAUACUCGCUCCAGCCAAGGAGACUACGAUGUUCGAGCACAUCUCGCGGAGAUGAUUGCAUUGCUGGGCACCCCACCGAAAACACUUAUCGAGAGAGAAGUGCGAUGGAGUGCCGUCAAAUGGAGCCAUGCUGUGCCCAAUUCAGAGGGAAGGCUUUGUUGGACUGCUCGCGAGUAUUAUGGGGGGCCAUUUUUCAAUACUGAAGGUGACUUUAUGUACAAGGAGUUGAUUCCGGUCGGUAUCAGUUUAGAUGGAUCUGUACUUUCUCUUGGAGGUGAGGAUAAACGGCUCUUUCUUGAUUUCAUGAAGGAGAUGCUUCAGUGGUUGCCAGAAGAUAGGAAGACAGCCAAAGAGCUGCUGGCUCAUCCGUGGCUACUGAAAGGUAGCGUUUAA